UAGUAGGAAAAUACUAGUUUGUUUAUUGAUCAGAAAGUCAUCAGUGGAGGUAUCAACUUCUUAUAAUGUGUUUUCUUAAAAAAAUCAGCACUUUGAAAGUGAAAAAUAUCCAUAUAACAAGAAAUAACAAUAUCAAUUUUGCUCAUUAUUAACAUUUUAAAUGAAAAAAAAACAUAUAUCCAAUAAAUAUAAGUAUGCCCCCUCACUUAUACUUCUUAUCUUUCCCCAUUUCUCUAAGUUGGAAGGAAUGGGUUAUUGAUCCAGCUGAUCAUUUGUAUUACAUCUGGCUCCAUGUGAUGAUAGUGCCCAUUCUUUACAACUGGGUGAUCAUCAUCUUGAGGACGUGUUUUAAAGCUAUCGCUCUGCACUACCUCCCUGUGUGGCUCACCCUGGACUAUGUGUCAGAUUUGAUGUAUUAUGCUGACACAAUCCUCACUCUUCAUACAGGUUACUUAGACCAAGGCAUCCUCAUCAAGGACCUGAGCCGUUUGAGGAAACGCUACCUCACCUCCAAGCACUUUCUGAUCGACCUACUUUCCCUUCUCCCAACUGACUUUCUCUACUUUGUUUUUGGAAUUGAAACUCCUCUGGUGAGGGUCAACCGCCUUCUCCGCAUCCCGCGACUAAACGAGGCCUUGGAUCGGAUGGAGACGAGAACCUCCUACCCCAACACUUUUCGCAUCACCAAGCUGAUGAUGUACAUCUUUGUGCUGAUCCACUGGAACGCCUGUCUCUACUUUUCGUUGUCCGAUUACAUUGGCUUUGGAGAGGAUCGUUGGGUCUAUCCCAACAUCUCCAAUCCAACGUUCGCUUCUAUGCAGCGGCAGUACGUUUACUGCUUCUGGUUUUCCACUCAGAUCUUCACAACAAUUGGAGACACACCACUACCGGAUCGGGAGGAGGAGUUCCUAUUUAUGAUUGCCGACCUGCUCAUUGCUGUGUUAGUCUUUGCAUCGAUUGUUGGUAAUGUUGGCAGCGUCAUAACGAGCCUGAGAGAUCGUGAUAACGUCUUCUUUCCGAACCAUGAGCUGGUGAAAGCCUACUUGCGCAGCCACCACGUUAGCAAGGAGCUGAGAAACCGCAUCGACAGCUGGUAUCAGCACCUCUACAUUAACAAGAAGAUAAUGCGAGAGAACGAAAUCCUGCUGCAGCUGCCUUUACACAUGAGGACAGAGAUUGCUGUCAGCGUUCACCUCCCCACGCUCUCCAAAGUCACCAUCUUCCAGAACUGUGAGAAAAGCCUCCUGGAGGAGCUGGUCCUCAAGCUAACACCUCAGGUGUUCAGUCCUGGAGAAUAUGUCUGCAGGAAGGGUGAUGUGGGCCACGAAAUGUAUAUCAUUAAAGAGGGGAAACUCGCUGUUGUGGCAGAUGACGGGGUCACGGAAUUUGCCGUGUUGGGUGCAGGGAAUUUUUUUGGUGAAAUUAGCAUCCUUAAUAUCAGAGGUAACAAGUCUGGGAAUCGCCGCACAGCCAACAUCCGGAGCAUUGGUUACUCGGACCUGUUCAGCUUGUCAAAGGAAGACUUGACGGACGUCCUCUCUCAAUUUCCAGCAGCCAAGCGUCACCUGGAGGAGAAAGGCAGGCAAAUUCUUGUCAAGAUGGGGAUGCUGGAUGAGAGUGCAGAAGAAGGAGACGGGGAGGCAGAUCAGAUUGAAACCAAGAUAAAGAAACUGGAGGGAACCCUGGAAGUCAUGCAAACAAAACUUGCUCGACUAAUGGUGGAAUUAGAAUCAAGCAACAACAAAAUGCAGGCCAGGGUGGAGCGACUCGAGUUGGAGCUUGCAUCACAGGACGCUGAUAUGUCAGUAUUUGGAGAGACAGAAGAGAUGACACAGGAAAGAGGAGAGGGUGUAGGAGAGGAACUCCAAUGGGAGCGAGAAGAGGCAGAAGGACAAGAGGGAGAUUCAUGGGAAAAGCAGAAAAAAAUGGAACAGGAGGAAGAUGGUGAAGAUGUGAGCAAAGAGGGAGAUGGUGAGAGUUCUAAGAGCACAAAGGAGGAGGUUGAUAGACUAACUGAGGAGGAAAAAUCUGGUCUAAAGACAACGGAUACACAAGAAGAGAAAAAAGAAGGAGAAAACGCAGAUGAUAGACAUGGGAAAGGAGAUGGAGCUGAAAUAGAAUGUGGAAGUAAAAAUGAAGAGACAAGUAUUGAGGGAGAAUGUGAGGAGAAGACAGAAAACAGCGAAGAAGAUCUGAAGAAGUGACUUUUAAUGGAAGAAAAGGAAAGUAAUAUUGCAAACAACCGCAACUGAUAAAGCAAAAAUAAAAACUACUUACAUAUUAAUGCUUUAUUCUUGCAAUACUGUUUGUGUCCUCUUUGUGGCAGUAGAGCGCACUUAUGUCAACUUUAGAUAGAAUAAUUCAGAUGUUUACUGUAUGUUUAUUAGGGAAUACAUAUCAUGUUAAGAUCUCUC